AAAAGCGGGACUCGGAGCUCGAAAGAGAGGGAGAGAGAGAGAUAGAGUGAGAAAGAGAGAGAGAGAGGGGGGAGAGAGAGAGAGAGAGAGAGAGAGAGAGCGAGAGAGAGAGAGAGCGCUAAACGACACGGCUGUAUCUGUACCUGUCCGGAUGGGGAUGGAGAUGCUGCAUGGAUCCGCAGGUGUCCAAACGGCGAAGGCGCUGAAAAACGCCGCCGUGUGCCUGAUGCUGCUGCCCCGCUUCCUGCUCGCGGCAGUGAUGCUGUGGCUCCUGGAUUUCCUGUGCAUCCGGAGGAAGGUGCUCAUGAAGAUGCGGGAGAGCGACGUCGGCAGCCCCGACGACCCGCCGCUCUGCGUGUCCGACUCCAACAAGAUGUUCACGCUCGAGUCGCUGCGCGCCGUGUGGUACGGCCAGAAACUGGACUUCUUCAAGACGGCGCAUUUGGGCGGCGCGGCGCCCAACACCGAGGUGGUCCCGCUGGACAGCGAGCGGCGGAGAGGGGCGCAGCGGAUCCUGGACUACGCCCGCGGGAGGAGACCCCUCAUCCUCAACUUCGGGAGCUGCUCCUGACCGCCGUUCAUGACGCGCCUGUCGGCGUUCCAGCGCGUCGCCCGGCAGUACGCGGACAUCGCGGACUCGCUGCUGGUGUACAUCGAGGAAGCGCAUCCGUCGGACGGCUGGGUGAGCUCCGACGCGCCCUACCAGAUCCCCCGGCACCGCUGCCUGGAGGACAGGCUCCGCGCUGCGGAGCUCAUGAACCAGAAGGUGCCGGGGAGCGCCGUGGUCGUGGACACCAUGGAGAACUCGUCCAACUCGGCGUACGGCGCCUAUUUCGAGCGCCUCUACAUACUGAAGGACGAGAAGGUCGUGUAUCAAGGCGGCAGGGGUCCGGAAGGCUACCGGAUCUCGGAGCUCAGAGACUGGUUGGAGCGCUACCGGAACGAUCUGGAAGCUUCUAAAUCGGCGGUGGUGGUUCACGUUUAAAGCGGACGGACGGAUGUUUUUUCCCCUCAGCCCUACUCUCGUGUCCUUAUCAUAAAGUCAUUGGCUGUGUUUCAAAACAUAGUGACUGUCUGCGCUCUCACCAACGGGGAAAAAAGUUCUUGAUGUUCCAUUAUAGCUUUUGCAGAUCAAUGUUUUGGGUUCUUCAAACCUCAUUGGUGGCGUUUCAAAACCUACACUCUCUUAAAUAUGCUAUAUGGCUCUUUGGGAAUGAAGGAGCAUCCACUCAAUGAAACAGUGAUGAUUUUCCAUGGAGCUUGAGCCAGGCUUCUCAACCAGGGGUCCAUGCACUGUAAAAGCGUUUUCUCAGGUAACCUAAAGAUGAGAAUGACAUUAGGUUACAGCAUUUAAAGUCAUUUUAGCAGUAGAAACAGAUUCUUAACAGUUGCACAUUUCACUUUGUUUACAGUGUGGACCCCUGGGGGCCCGUGAAGUGUGUUUUUACAUUUCCAUGUCAUGUUCUAGAGCGGUAUAAGAUGGAUGGAUGUUUUUCCAGACCACUCUUGUGUCUUUAUAAUGAAGUCAUUAGCUGUGUUCAAAACCUGUUUGCGAUCGUUUCACACUCGUUACAUCACACACUCUAAAAAAUGCUGGGUUAAAUACAAAGAUUGGGUUGAUUUGACCCAGGGGUUGGGUUAAAUGUUUGACCCAGCCUGCUGGGUAGUUUUAUUUAACUCAACUGUUGUUUAAAAAAUUACUGUAUUGCUUGAUUAAAUUGAACCCAAAAUAUGUUGGAAAUUAACAUUUAUUAAUAUGUUUAAUAAAUGAACAAUAAACAUUUAUUAAACUGCUUAUUAAUAAAUGUUCACCUUUGUUUCCUCUAGUAAUUAUGUGUCUUAUUUCUAAUUUCCAACCUAUUUUGGGUUCAUUUUAAGUCAGAUAUAUAGUCAUUUUCAAACAAUAGUGUUAAAUAAAACCGCGCAGCACGUUGAGCAAACAUUUAACCCAACCGCUGGGUUAAAACAACCCAGUUUUGUCCAUUUUCAACCCAACUUGGGUUGUUUUUAACCCAGGGUUCUUGAGAUCCUAAACGCUCUUUGAGAAAUCAAAAAAAGUCCUUGAUGUUUCAUUAUGAUCUAACAAGCAGAAAUAAAUGACACUAGAUCCAGGGUUUUCAACCAGAGGAGAAAAACAUUUUUAUGACAUUUCCAACUGUUUGAAUUGAUCUGUUUAGAAUUAUAUUAUGCAUUAUUGCUUAAGUUCUGAAGUGUUGUCAAGCUUUUUAUACCGGGUCUGUAAACGGCUGAAAACCCUUGAACUAGAGGAUAAAACGUUGAGAAGGUUCAUGCGUUUCAAACAGGCAGACACUAGGUUUUGAACACAGCCGUCAAAUCUGCUGCUAUACAGGCUGUCGACCACAAUACUGCAAAUGUUGGCUUUUAGUUUCAUGCAUACAGUUAUCUAGACAGAUGUUUAUGUUGUCAGUGGCCAUGCGACCGCAUGAUAGCUGUUGUGCUUUCGUCUCUGUUCUUUAGGCCUACUUGUUUUAUGUCAAUCCAACCUGGCAUUUUAUUUGAAAUAUUGCAAAGACGGUAUAUCUAUCUAUCUAUAACAUAUCCUAUUUUAUUUUUGUAUGGUAUCUUUCCCUCGUGAGUGUGAGUGUGUGUGUGUGUGUGUGUGUGAAUGUGCGGCCGGGAGGCCGUUUCAUUGUACUCUGGAGUUAUUGUGAAGAUCGGUUUUUAAAAGGAUUUUAACCAGAAAACCGAUACUGAUGUAAUUUGACACUAGAGUACAGGACAGAGAAAUGGCCUCCAGACGUAUUGCCAAAUGUUGUUUUGUAUAUGGUGUAUAUUUUAUUGAACACUUUUUUUAAAUAAAUGGUAGAGCACCCUCUAAAA